GGAAGGAUGAGAAAUAUACCUUGCGUGACUUUAGUUGCGCAAAGGUUACAAAAGCUGUUAUCAUAAAUUGAUUAAGGGUUAUCUAAUGUGAUUUGGUUUUGUUUUCUGUCCCUUGAAAGUUUCAGUUCUAUUUCCGCAUUCUCGUUGUAGUUACAAUUAGUUCUUUGAAGCAGUUGUUUCGAAUAAUUUCAAUGGAAAUUACAGGUCAUUUGCAAAAUUAUGAAUGGGGGAAAAUUGGCAAAAACAGUUUGGUGGCACAAAUUAUGUGCAACAAUACAGACUUAAAAAUUGAUGAUGAAACACCGUAUGCCGAAUUAUGGAUGGGUAUACAUAACAAUGGUGAGUCCCUUGUUAAAGACAAACAACAACCUCUAUCUGCCUGGCUUAAAAAAAAUGUCGAACCUGUUCGUUUGUCAAAUACUGAACAGUUGUUACCAUUUCUGUUCAAAGUGUUAUCAGUUAACAAAGCCCUCUCCAUACAGUGUCAUCCAAACAAGGAACAAGCUUUGGAUUUGUUUAAAAGGAUGCCCACAAUUUAUAAAGAUGGGAAUCAUAAACCAGAGAUGACCAUUGCUAUAACUGAGUUUCAAGUUAUGUCUGGAUUUCGUCCUGUAGAUGAAAUAAAAACCUUCUUGAAAGAGGUUCCUGAAUUUGAAAUGCUUUUAUCAAAGGAUCUAAUCGAUAAUUAUCUGAGUGAAAAUAAAGAUGAAUGUAUGAAGCAAAUACUGCAGACAUGGUUAGCAAAAACGGAAUUAGAUAUGGAACCAAUUAUUAAAAGUUUCUUAAACAGAUUGGCAAAUGAAGAUGACAGUGCUAAAGAAAAAUACCUGUUUCUCUUGAUAAAACAACUUAGUGAAUGGUAUCCGAAUGAUGUCGGAGUGUUCAUGCCAUUCUUCUUAAAUUACUUUACUCUUAAUCCUGGAGAAUGUAUGUUUAUUGCUGCUGGAGUGCCACAUGCUUACAUAAAAGGAGAUUGUGUUGAAUGCAUGUCAUGUUCCGAUAAUGUUGUUAGAUGUGGGCUGACACCAAAAUUAAAGGAUGUUAAUGUUUUAUUGGAGAUAUUAGAUUUUAAAUCAUACACCGUUGAUCAGCUGAAAAUGGUUGGCGUUCCUAAGGGAAGUGAUAAUGUCAUGGUUUUUAAUCCUCCUGGGCAAGAAUUUGGGCUUACAAGCGUGAUCAUUCAGACUGGAGAAACAUAUCAAUCUUCUGCUUCUAAAACUUGUUCAAUUUUUAUUGUGUUAAGUGGAAUAGGUGAGAUAGGAAAGACAAAGAAGACUUUGAAAUUUGGUUCUAUUUUCUUCUUAUUGCCAAAAGAAACAUGUUUAAUUAAAUGUACCAAAGGGGGACCAAUGGUGCUUUACUUUGCUUAUGGCGUGAACUAGCAUUUAUAAUUAUCUACAAAUAAAUUUUUAUUUUUU